AGCAGGUGAUCGCUAGAGAAGCCAUUUUUGACAAGUUGCAGAAAUGUCAAGUUAUAUUGAUGAUGAUUUUGUUGUACAUGGACGAACGACACCGAUGUGGGAGAAGCCUGGACAUCUAUCUAAUUCCCAGCUCACCACAACAACUCGAAGAUUGACUCAGAAUACACUGUACAGUCCAGACAACAAACGUGAUAUGAGACGCAGCUUUGAUGAGAAACACCUGAGUGAUGUUGCAAACCAAUUGAACAAUAUGAGCGAUAGUAUGAGAAAAAGUGUGAGCUUUAGUCGUAAUUCAACCCGUCGAUCAUAUGACAAUGAUAAAUCUGUUUGGUCAGACAAUGACAGCAUUGAUGAAGAACUUGUAAGACUAAUCGAUAGAGAUAAUGCAGAAGCUGAUGUCAAACCUCGUAACAGAGCAAUGAAACAGUUGCAAUCUUUGAAAACAAAGCAAUCAGAACAAUUGAUCAAUCGAUCUGUGUCUCCAUAUGGGUCUCAAUGGUAUACAAAACCAAUGCAUUUAACCCCCGAGAAAUUUGCCUAUCAUGACACCUCUCUAUCACCACAGAGGAGUGUUAGCUCACCAGCGUUUCAUAGACCCACAGGAUCACUUGGAGCAUCAUUAGCAAUAGCUGAGUUAGCAAAAGAAAAUGCUACAGAGUAUGACCUUCAGGAUAUGAAUGAUCAGUUCGAAGCCUAUCCAGUAGAUAUGAUGGAGAAGGCAUUUUUCCCAGUCACCCUUGGAGCAUCUAAGGUUGUUAGAACUAAACUUGAAGCUAAUGGUGAUAUUGACCACUCUCCAUCAAGGUCAAUGACAUUCUCUCCCGCUCCUAAAAGACGACCAAAAUCUGCAGGAUCAAGGCCACCAACAGGGUCAAGGUCACAGUCUACAAGGUCACGGAUGACACCAGUAGAUAAAAUGUUCCUAAUGAAUGCCAACACACCAACUAUAAAAGACGCUGGUGUUAUCCCCUCUUCACCAUAUGAGUAUGAGCUGGCUAAGCUGAGAAUGGACAGACUAAGGCUAGAAGAGGACCAUUUACUGGAGUUAAAACGCCAGGCAGAACUUGAGCGUAUCAGGGGACCAAAACCCAAAUGGUAUGAGAUGAAGACGCCCCAGUUUCACUACGAGGCUAACAAAAACAAUACAUUGAUCAAGAGCAAGAGUGAUUGGCAGGCCCUCUAUGAUUACAGACAAGAACUAAGCAGAGCAUCUCAAAAUUUUGAUAAAUCUUACAAUAAAAGUUUAUAUGAAGACUACUAGAAUAUUGUACCUAUACCUCUGUAGAAUGCUCAAUGAAAGAUUGCAGAACUCUUAUUAAUGAUUUAGAUCUGGGGGC